GGAAUGCACCACAGUAGAUUCGUAAUGGAAGUUUACUUGAGAUAUCUCUCUAAUCAACAGCAUACAUUUCAUGUUCUACGAUUUCCGCUCGCAUCCAUCUUUCUUUGCGAUCAGACAAGGCGUGUGGAUUGUUGGAUAGAUUUGCGUUUGAUGCAUAAGAAGUUUUAGAAAGUUGCAGAAUGUCUUUAUCAACAGCACGGCCACUUAUAACAGUAUAUACCGAUAAGAAUGAAGCAUCAGGUGAUGCAAUUUCUUUACCAUCUGUAUUUAAAGCUCCAAUACGACCUGAUGUCGUAAACUUUGUUCAUCAACAAAUAUCUAAAAAUAGCAGGCAACCAUAUUGUGUGUCAAAAGAAGCUGGGCAUCAAACCUCUGCUGAAUCAUGGGGUACUGGACGUGCUGUAGCACGUAUACCUCGUGUGCGUGGAGGUGGUACUCAUCGUUCUGGACAGGGUGCUUUUGGAAACAUGUGUAGAGGUGGACGUAUGUUUGCACCUACUAAGCCAUGGAGACGUUGGCAUCGUCGUAUAAAUGUUAACCAGAAGCGCUAUGCUCUCGUCUCAGCCAUUGCUGCUUCAGGCGUACCUGCCCUUGUUCAAUCUAAAGGGCAUAUGAUCCAGGAAGUUCCAGAAUUUCCCUUGGUUGUUUCUAAUAAGAUCGAAACAUAUAAUAAAACUAAACAAGCUGUUAUUUUCUUGAGACGUAUUAAAGUAUGGAAUGACAUCCAAAAGGUAUAUAAGUCGCAAAGAUUUCGUGCAGGAAAAGGUAAAAUGCGCAAUCGUCGACGUAUUCAGCGACGUGGGCCAUUAAUUGUUUAUGGAAAGGAUGAGGGAUUGUGCAAAGCAUUUCGCAACAUCCCUGGAGUCGAUUUGAUGAAUAUUAACAAGAUGAACCUUUUGAAAAUGGCACCCGGUGGUCAUGUUGGGCGUUUUGUUAUCUGGACGAAAUCGGCAUUUGAACAAUUGGACGCUCUUUACGGUACUUGGCGCAAGGAAUCACAACUUAAAAAAGGAUAUAAUUUGCCAUUCCCCAAGAUGGCAAAUACAGAUUUAUCAAGACUCCUGAAAUCAGAAGAAAUUCGUAAAGUUCUAAGAGCUCCAAGGAAGAAGGUGAUACGCAAGGUCAAAAAAUUCAAUCCAUUGGCUAACACUAGAGCUAUGUUACGUCUUAAUCCAUAUGUGGCAGUUUUGAAGCGUGCUGCGAUCUUAACGGCACAGAAGCGUCAACAUGAGAAGGAUAUUCUUUUGGCCAAGAAACGAGGCAUUGAUUUGUCAAAGGAUUCACCAGCUUUGAAAACUAAAAAGCUACAGGAGAAAAGACAGAAACAACUUGUUGCUGCUAAAGCAGCUAAACCUAAGAAACUAACCACUACAAAAAAAGUUGUCCCGGCAUCAAUUAAAAGCGGAAAAGAUACUGUAGUAGCAAAGACUGUUGCAUCAAAACAGGCUAAAAAAUAAACUUAAUUAAACAGUCUAACUGUUGCAACAGGAAA